AGCAACCAACAGCGGGGCAAGAUCAAAAAUGAUAAGAUUUUGCGGUGGAGGAUAGAACUCUCCACCUACACCUAUGAUAUCCUAUACCGGCCUGGCAGACUCAAUGAGCCCCCUGAUGCCCUAUCCCGGGGAACAUGUGCUAGCACACAGCUCGACCAGCUGUACGCCCUUCAUGCACAACUUUGCCAUCCGGGGGUCACCCGAUUUUACCAUUUUGUGAAAGCUCGGAACCUGCCGUACUCCCUGGAGGACAUCAGGACGAUGACCAGGGACUGCCAAAUUUGUGCCGAGUGCAAACCGCACUUCUACUGUCCUGACACGGCACAACUUGUCAAGGCCACCCGCCCUUUUGAACGCCUGAGUGUUGACUUUAAGGGCCCCCUUCCCUCCACUGACCGCAAUGUCUAUUUUCUCAGUGUUAUUGACGAGUUCUCACGGUUCCCCUUUGCCAUCCCCUGCCCCGACACCACUGCCACGUCCGUCAUAAAAGCCCUGCGCCAGCUCUUCACUCUGUUCGGGUAUCCCUGCUAUAUCCACAGUGAUAGAGGGUCCUCCUUUAUGAGUGAGGAGCUGCGCCAGUACUUGCUAGCUAGGGGCAUUGCUACCAGUCGGACCACGAGUUAUAAUCCCCGGGGUAAUGGCCAGGUAGAGCGGGAGAAUGCCACAGUGUGGAAGGCCACACUUUUAGCCCUCAAGUCCAAAGGGUUGCCGGUCUCUCGAUGGCAGGAGGUCCUCCCUGAGGCACUGCACUCUAUCCGCUCUCUGUUAUGUACGUCCACCAAUGCCACCCCUCACGAACGCCUAUUCUCUUUUCCCAGGAAGUCUGUCACUGGGACCACCCUACCAGUUUGGCUGACGUCCCCGGGGCCAGUGCUGCUCCGGAAACAUGUGAGGAGCAAUAAAUACUCCCCGCUGGUGGAGAGGGUUCACCUUCUCCAUGCAAACCCCCAGUAUGCUUACGUGGUCUUGCCUGAUGGGCGGGAGGACACGGUCUCCAUCCGCGACCUGGCACCCGCAGGUGCAGCAGACCACUACCCUGAAGGCUCUCCGGUAACUGUGAACCCUGCACCAGAGGUGACACCGUACUCACCAGGCCCUACACAGACUCCUCACGACACUUGUAUACCGGGCGUUUCGUACGCAUUUAUACCAGGCGCCUCGCACAUGCAUGAGGGAUCACCGGCGCCUAGUGGGCAAGAACACGCGCAACCCCCGUCCCCUGUGCAAUCGCCAAUGUUGCCGGCACCUAUGCGGUCACAGCCGGUGCUACGUAGAUCGCAGCGACAGAUUCGACCGCCUGAUCGGCUUGACUUGUAAGAACCUUCGCUACAUGAGGACUUUUUCAAACGAAGGGGGGGUGAAUGUGGUGAACUAUGUGCCUGUCGGGACACGCCCCUGCUGACUGCUCCUGUGGCUCCUCCCACAGGCCCCUGUAUAAAGGAGACCUGCGGCCUGAAGAUCGGCCUCAGUCUCCAGGACCUUGUAUGAUAGACACUCACUCCUGGUUCCUUC